AAUAUUAUAUUACGUAUUUUGAAAAAAAUUAGCAAAAACUGUUGGUUAUCAAAUUGAACGCAGUCGGACGACCGUAAAACCAUAACAAUACCGUGAACCUGCGAUAUAAUAUGAGAAACAUCAACAACAUAGGCCAGCGGCGUUAGCUGAAAUCUUCGGCGGCCAGGGCAUAGCGUGUUCUAUCCCGAUGAAUGGGAGCGUGACAGCUCGCGGUCUACUGAUGCAGUGGCCAUCGUAAUUACGACGACGACGACGACUAAAUAGGUAAGUACGCUCUUUUUUUUAUGUUUUCUUUUUCAUUCACGUCGAACACGACUGGCGCGCAGGUGUAGUAUACAGCAAUAUAGUUUACAGAUCGCGUAUAAUAUUGUAUCGCCGUGCGCAGUGUUUCGUAUUCUAAACGAUAUUUAGGCAGACGAAAAUAAUAUAACAAUUUUGUAGUUAUUCGGAAGCGUAGGACGAUAGUGCGACCGAUUAUCGAAGGGUGGUCUCCUUCGCGGCGGUCCGGACCAUGGAAAUCCGCGCAUCGUACGUCGCCGUAGUGUUCACCUGUUGCUGUGGCUGGCUGUCCAGCAUACGAGGCCACGCGAUUGACUUUAAAACCAUGCCCAUGACCCUUCUGAACGCAACCAAUUUCAUUAUGCGACACCAGAGGUAUAUGCUACAAGACGAAGUACGGGAACCGAAUAACGAAGUGAACAUGAAUAUUGAUGCAAACGUAGACGGCUUUGUUAACAGCCCUUUAGUUUUAACUACUGAGGUGUGCAACCCGAGAAAAUGUCAAGCCGGUAAAAUGGAAGGAGUUUGUAUUAGCGGCGAAUCCUGUUUCAAACACGGUGGUCAGACCGGAAACCCUUGUAACGGAUCGAGUAAUCUGAUUUGUUGCACAUUCAUACUUACAUGUGGUGAUGUAUCCAGCCAAAAAGUCACGUACCUGCAGUCCCCCGACGAUUUAAAAAUUGAUACGGGCAGUUUAGCAUGUGAUUACGACGUAAUGGUUCAAAAGGAUACGUGCGCCAUCCGUGUGGAUUAUGAAAAAUUGAAUCUUGCCAGUAAGAUAGGAGGAGUGUGUGACAUCGAUCAAGUUUACAUUUUGAAUUCCAACGAUGGACCGACGACGGGUCAGUGUGGAGCAUUGACUGGUUACAGCACCGUCGUAGCUGUGAAACCGAACCAAGAAAAACCCUUGAAAAUAGCAAUGGUUGUUCAAAGUGAACCGACCGAAUAUUGGUUGAUUAAAGUCUCGCAAAUAGGUUGUGCCGAAAUAAAAUCGCUCAAAGAAUCGCCCGAUUGCGGUCUAAGGUCCGUCCGGCAAAUGAACGACGACAACUCCAACGAUCAAUCACCGCACCUGAUGCCGUCGUUAGAGUCCGGACGUUGCGGCGGCAGCAGCGGUAACAGUGACAAGGGUAGCAGUGGCGGCAGUGGCGGCGACGGCAUGGGUCAACGGCGUCUACGUCGGUCUGCAGUUCGCGACGGCGUGCACGACACCUUACAACCGUGGCUAAUGAGCCGGUCCGAACGUCGCUUCGGGUCGACCAGAGAACGACUGCACACCGUAAGGCGCGAAGAAUCCAGGGACGGCGACAACCGUAGGAUUAUCGGCAGCGACGAGGCGGACGUCGGCGAGCACACCUGGCAAGUGGCCAUCGCCUUGGACGGGGUGUUCUUCUGCGGCGGAGCACUGAUCGCCGAUCGAUACGUCAUCACCGCCGCCCACUGUGUCAUGACACGCGACACGCCGAUGGACAACUUGAUGGUGCACCUGGGCGAUUACGACCUGACUGCGGAAAACGAAACUGAACACCAAGCUCGGAAAGUGUCUCGUGUGAUGUUUCACUCCCAUUUCCAUCCUUUCCUGUUGGCCAACGACAUUGCACUACUGCAACUAGAACGGCCAGCCGUCGCAAGCGAUACCGUUCGGCCCGUGUGCUUGCCGUCCACCGACGGCGAGUCGUAUGUGGGCCAAAAAGGCACGGUCGUGGGAUGGGGGAUCACUGCUUUCCCGGCGGGCGACCCUAGCCCCACGUUGCAGAAACUCUCCGUGGAAGUCCUGUCAAACUUCCAGUGUUCCCGCGUCAUCGACGACCAUGUAGGUCUGGGCAUGCUGUGCGCCGCUGCGCCAUCGUUGCAGGGGACGUGUUUCGGUGACAGCGGUGGUCCCCUGACCGUGGAACGGGACACCGGAAGAAACGUUUUGAUCGGCCUGGUGAGUUAUGGCGUGACGGGCUGCGCGAUCAAACCCGCCUUUCCCGACCUGUACACCAGAAUAUCCGAAUACACCAAAUGGAUUGACGUCAGCACCUCGUAGUGUAACAAUAAUUAUAAUUAUACUAUAAUGAUAAUUAUAAAUUAAUAACGAUAACAAAGAUAAUUGUAAUGUAUAUUACGGUCGUCGAGCACACAGUUUUAUACACAUUAUAAUAUUAUUUAUAACGAUAAAACUGCACCUGUUCGAUAGACGAAGACAUUAUAUAUUAUUAUAACAUUAUUAUUAUGGUAUGGACGUCGACACAGAUUAAGAACACACUAUAUUAUAGUCAAUUAACUUGUAUAUUUUUUUUUUUUAUAUAAGGAUCAUUAUUACGAUUUACGAGAACUUAUCAUAUAAUUAUUUAUAAUAUAUGAACUAUAUACCAGUCAUCGCGGCUAACGCGCCGUCCUUUUCCCUAUAUUUAUAUUGUAUAAUUUAUUAUUUCUGCCCAGACAUACUAUGUACAUGUGCCACCGCAAUCUCGACGGAAUAAAUAAUAUGUUUAUUAGCAUAAAUA